CCCGUCACGUGCGCGGGGCGGGGAGGGGGCGCGGGCCGCCGCUGGCCGCCGCCGCGCGUGGGGGCGGCCGCCGCCCGCCGCAGUGCUGCCGCCGGAGCCGCAGCCGGAGCGACCGCCGUGGGAGCCGCCGGCCGCCGCCUCCCGCCCGCCUCGCCGCCCGCAAUAUGCCUCCGCUGCCCGCCGGCUGCUCGCCAUGCCGGGGACCCGCGGGCGCCUCUCCUCGCUGCUCCUGGCGCUGGCGGCCGCGCUGCUGCUGCUGCUGCUGCUGAGGGGGCGGCUGCUCCCCGCCGCCGCCGCCGCCGCCCCCAACCGCCCCCAGCAGCAGCGGGCGGCGCCGCCGGGGGACGCCGGCGCCGCCGCAGGAUCUGUGUUUACACUAAAAGUUCAAGUAAAUGACAUCAUCAGUCAUCAGUACCUGCGACAAGCAAUUGUAGAAGUGUUUGUUAAUUACACAAAGACAAAUUCUACUCUUACUGGAAACAACGGAGCAGUAUUAAUAAAAGUUCCCUAUAAAUUAGGAUUAAGUUUAACUAUUGCAUCGUACAAGGAUGGCUACAUGUUAACACCUUUGCCUUGGAAGACUGGGAAAAUGCCAUUAUACUCGUCUGUGACACUUUCAUUAUUCCCACAAAGUCAAGCUAAUAUAUGGCUGUUUGAAGAUACUGUUUUAAUUACUGGAAAACUGUCUGAUGCCAAAUCUCAACCAAGUGUUCAGUUUGCAAAAUUUUUAAUGAAACUUCCAACAGAUCACCAUAUUACAAAUGUUACAGCCUAUCUGACAGUGCCAGAGCAAUUUUUAAAAGUGGACAGCUUUCUCUACACAACAGGCAUUCUUCUAAAUAAAUCAGGUUUCAAAAGCAUUGAACUGACUCCUCUUGCUGCAAUAUGUGUAAAUGUUCUUUUGGCUGGGAAAGAACUGAAAGUGAACGGUCCUAUUCAUAUUACACUUCCUCUUCCUACAAGUACUGUAAAAUCAGGAGAUGCUAUUCCUGCAUGGACAUUUGAUAUGAAAACUGGUGCUUGGAUAAACCGUGGGCUGGGAAUGGUAAAGGAAGUAAAUGAUCAGUUAGUAUGGACUUAUGUUGCUCCACACUUAGGCUACUGGAUAGCAGCUCCACUGCCUGGAACAAGAGAGUCCAUUAUUAGUGCGGUUUCCAAGGACAUAACAGCCUAUCACACAGUGUUCCUUACAGCCAUUUUGGGAGGUACUGUUGUCAUUAUCAUUGGAUUUUUUGCUGUUCUUCUUUGUUACUGCAGGGACAAAUGUGGUCGCACACAAAAGAAGGAAAAAAAUACAGCCAGGCUGGAGAUCAUAAAAAAAGACCAGACAACAUCAACAACUCACAUAAAUCACGCCAGUGUUGUCAAGGGCUCUUUAAAGCUAGAGGAUAAGUCACAGUUAUAUGCACCGAAGAUUUCUUCAUACAGCCCUCAAAGACAGACAUCUGCAGAAGCAGAAGAUGGAAAAUCACGGGACAAUUUUAAAAUCUACACAGAGGAUGCUUCUUAUCAGUCAUCCCGCCAGACUGGUCAGUCAAGAAAUUCAACCCAUUCCUUGGAGCCUAAUACUGGAGUUAGACACUUACAGCAGCCAAAGCAUAUUAACAAUAUUUCCCAGACUCCAAGGGACAUUCGAGACCAAAACAGAUACCUUCCACUGAAAGAGGAAAUGUAUGGCCUUUCCCAUAUCCCAGAACAUCUAAUGCAUAUUUACAAUCAACCAAUUGCUGUUCUUCAAACCUCUGACCUUUUCCACUCACCAGAACAAUUGCAUGCUGCUAAAUCAGCAACUUUGCCAAGAAAAGGGCAGUUAGUAUAUAGCCCCAUGAUGGAACCCAUGAAUCGAGACAACUACAUGCAAACAUUACCCAAAAUGCCAGGGCAUUCUCAUCCACAGCCUUCUGUUUGCAGAGAUGAAAAAAGUACAUUAGAUGGCCAACAGGGCUUACCCUCUCAAACAUCAAACUGGAGCCGGUACACUAAUAGUUUACUGGAAUCUGUCUCUGUUCCUGGGACACUGAAUGAAGCAGUUGUAAUGACUCCAUUUUCAUCUGAACUUCAAGGUAUUUCAGAACAAACAUUACUGGAACUCUCUAAAGGAAAACCAUCUCCGCACCCUCGAGCAUGGUUUGUGUCCCUAGAUGGAAAACCAAUAGCUCAGGUGAGGCAUUCCUUUAUAGAUCUGAAAAAGGGUAGAAAAACGGAGAGUAAUGAUACUAGUCUGGACUCUGGUGUGGACAUGAAUGAGCAUCAUCCUGGUAGGAAACUGGAGAGAGAGAAAACUUUCAUUAAAAAUAUGCCUCAUUCUAAGAUCCUUUACUUGGAAGAUCUGGAUUUGAGUAGCAGUGAAAGUGGGACCACUGUUUGCACUCCAGAGGACCAGGCUGUGAGACACAUUCUGGAUGGAGGAAAUGGGCCUGACACAGAACAGCAUGAUGAAGAAGGUCUAAGAAGAAAAGCUGUAACAGGAAAUCGUGAGUCUAGUAUCCCUCCAGCUAAAAAAAGGGAUAGACCAUCUCUCACAAAAAGAGACAGCAAAACCAAUAUCUGGAAGAAGAGAGAGGAGAGACCGCUUAUUCCUAUGAAUUAAAACACAAUGUGCUUUGUGUUGUUGCUCUCCCUGCUGGUUAACGCCCUUUGGAUUUCAUGUGUAAUUUUGCAGUGUUGGGUUCACAAUAGAAACAUUGUUUUCUAGUGUCAAGAAAAGUUACAUUUUUUUAAUACACAGACUGAGUUACUAUGACCAACGGAGCAAUUGAUAUUCAAUGUGAUUUCUUAACAGGGAAACACUACAGUUAAAAUUUGCCAGUUCCUAAUUUUGCUGACGGUAUAGAGAAGGGCCACGUUUUAAUUAGCCUGUCGUUCUUGGAUGCAUCUCUUGGAAUGCACAGUGAGAAAUGUAGGCACAUCUUUUAUUUUUUUUAUACUUGUUUCUAAUGUUUUGGUAGAGUGGUUAAUGCCAUUCCCCAGCCUUGUUCCUAGUAAAUGUGACCAUCUGUACAGUAUUUUAUAUGUGACCUUUUGUAGGGAUAUGUCACUACUUCUUUGUAUGAAGUUUCAUAAAUCAGUCUCAAGACACCAGCAGGUGAGCUCUGUUGGAUUUAUCAGCAAGGCUCUAUAGCAGCACUGCCCUCUCUGUGUGCCCACCCACAAGCAAAAGGUUGCCAUUCCCUACAGCGGUGGCAGAAGAAAUGAAGUGUACAAGUUCUGUUGCCACUGUUGUUCACAGUCCCUGCUGUCUUAACUUAAAAUGUUACCCGUUUCAGUUUAAUCUGCUUUGUUGUGAACUGUGGAUGUUGAAUAUCAGCAUCUGCUAUGAAGUGUCUGCCCCCAGCAGAAGAUGACUGGUGCUGGUAACAUUUGAAGCUACUGCAACUACUGAUUCCAGUGGGCUUGUUUCAGCUUCAUUCUCAGUUAUAAUCUUCUCUUCUGCAUGCUGUUGAGCCAGUUGCUCUGAAUCAUAGUCUUCGGCUGCUGCAGAUUUGUAAGUUAAGGUAGAGUGUGGCCCAUAAUGAAAAAGUAUGCAAGUUCAGACGAAUUAUGCUUUUCAAAUAGAUUUCUUUAAUGGGAAAGCUCGAUAUCAUUGCUUUUUAUUUUAUGUUUAAAAAAUUGGAAGAUCAUCAGAGGUUUAUGUGCCUACAUUUUGCCAGCCUGAGCUACUUUUGUCCUAGGCUGUGCAUCACAGAGGGGUUAAACAGACUUUUACGAAGUUUUUUAAAUGAGCCUGAGGAAGCGGAUCUCAAAACUUGGUCUGUAACACAAUAUAAAUACUGCUUAUAACUCAUCUUGGAGUUAAAUUGUUACCAAAAGUCAUGAAUGCAUGAUAUGUAACUAAGAUAUGUAUAGAGGAAGGAAAAGGCCAUCAGAAUAUUCUUUAUUUUUAAUGUUCAUCUUGUCAAAGUGAUAGAUUCAACUUUGGCUAACAGAAAAGUAGACACACUCCUUAACGUGCUUCGUAUAGUAGACCAUCUUUCUGUGGCUUUUAGGUUACUUCCCUGAUGAAAUAAGUCCCAGCAUUUUGGCUUUGGGAGUUUGAUUAUAAAUCAUUCUUUAAAAGCUUUGUAAAUAUUUCCCGUAUAGUCUGCAGUGUUUAAGGUUCUAUACUGAGACCCAAACAUACUAUGCGUGUUACUAAAUUGAGGAGUCAGGUGUACUCCAUGGUCUGCCCUGCAAUACUGAUGCCUCUGCCCCAUUAUUCACUAUUACUGGACACUGGCACUCUCUGUGCCCAUACUUCAGGAUUUCUUUCCACAGAAAAACAGGGUGUGCGUAUUUAGAUCCAACCCGAACUUGCAGUCAGGAUGUGGCAAAGGGUGGCACCCAAGACUGGGGAAAUACCCCAUGCAGCUGGGCUUCUGGGAUCUUUUGCUUAGGAAACACUACUGUUAAAUAGGUCUGUUCUUUUGGGAUUGCCUGGUACUGUUUCUAGAAUAUGCAGAGUAAUCUGAAUGGUAAUAGCAAUACAUCCAUAUCUCAGACUCUCUCUGGUAUGCAGUUGCUUCAUGAACAAAAUAUGAUAUUCCUGUUGAAUUCACAAAUGUGAAAGUGCAAAAUAAGUUUGAGAGAGAGGUGUGCAACUAAAUCUAUAAUUUUGUUUUGCCAAAAGAAUCUGGUUUAAUUAAACAAUUCAUCUUCUUCAGAGGUGAGGAUGGCUUGCCACAUAUUAGCAUGCCGUUGGUACUGUUUUUUACGUAACUAAUUCAUUAUUCCUCUACAAAAUGUGUUUUUACAAUAGAUACUUAUUCAGUUCCACUGGAUUUUGUUUAUGACUUACUUUAGAGCCCCAUACGGUGGUGUUUUUAUCCUUUGCUUUGUUACAUAUAUUAGGAGUCCAUUAAAUUUUGAAUAUAGGCAUACAUUUAGUCUGAAAGAUAAUUUGACUUUUGAGGUUUAAAAAUGCCCUGCUCUUAGAGUUGCAUCACUUCUGAUGAGUCACUUUUCAAAAAAAGAAUGCUAUAUAUUCUGCGGAAACUAACAGAAGAUCCCUGUCAAGCUAAAUGGUUUUGAGAUAUCAAUCAAUAUUAAAUUGAUAUGUCUCUACAUAUAUUUUUGUUCACCUACAGCAAUUUAAAUAUAUUGCAGAUUCUCUGUGUUUUUAAUGUGUUGUUUCAUUAUAUAUACCAAAAAGAGGUAAUUCCUCAAACUUACUGCAUCAUUAAAAACUGAAGACAACAGUAAAAGGCUUUAUACAUGCAAGUUCAAAGGAAUGAAGUUUUGCACUCCAGUGUACUUAUUUUGCAUCAGAGGAGGUAUUUGUUCACCAAAGAAGGAUUAGAAAUGUUGAAAAGCUCAGCGGUAAGUUUGGGAUUUCAGAAGAGCCAUGCCUGAAGAUGUCCUGAUUUAGUGCAGAUUCUUGUCUGCUAUGCUAGCUGACUCAGAGCAGAGUGGAGUUCAAUUUUGUACCAUCAUUCUAAAUGAGCUUUUGGCUGUCUGCAUUCAGUCACAAUUUGACCCAGUAUAGAUGGUAGUACAAAAUGUGCCCUUUAAAGGUCGUAGGCAAAUAAGGGACGUUUCAGCUUUUAGCCAACACUGAAAGGCGGAAGGGAACAGACCUUACAAGAGCUGCUUACUGCUAGGCUUCUCAGGAGUAGGAAGAAAAAUAGAAUAAAAGCUUUCUGAAAAAUAGGCAUCUCAUUACAUACAUAGAAGUGACCUAUCUGUAUAUAAAGCAUGUUCCCUUACAGGUUCUGAAAUAGCUGUAGCAUGUCUUUGGCAGUACACCUCACUUCAGGAGCUUCAUUGUGGAUUGGUAUCUCUGCUAGAACUUUGCUCCUCCCUUGUCUAAGGUGGGUGUGGGCUUUUUUUUUUUUUUAAGUGAAGUAGUUAAAUUGUCCAGGCAUUAAAUUCUCCAGUACUUAAUUAUUUUCUGGGGAGUGUAUGCUGCAGUUCUGGUAAUACCAUUUUCAAGGCUGCCUUUAUUGCUUACCAUUGCUUCUAUCCAGGCCAGUCAAGCAACAGCUACAUUUGCUUUCUUCGUAGAUCCCAUAAGCUAACUUUUCUGUGUGUAACUUGCUAGCAUUUAGCACAUACUGUCUUAUGCUGCUGGUAAUGCUUCAAAGGCUUUGCUAAAGUCUAGUUCUAUAUUGAAAGCAAAUACAUAACGUGUUUUCUGUGUCAGCAUAUGGGAAACUAGUCUGUAGAGCGAAAUUAUUGGCUACAGUUGUAUCUGGGAAGACAAAUGAUGUGUGAAAAUGGUUGAAACCCCCAAGCACACAAUGACAGGAAAUUCUUCCUUGACCCUAUCCUGAGCAUUAAAUCUUUGAUUUUAAAAAUCUCUACAUAACUAUACAAUAAUUAUAAAUACUGAAUAUAAAUAUGAAGUAUAAUUUUAAAGUAUGUUGUCUGAGUCUUCAUGUUCCAGCUGUAUGUUAGAAUUUAUGCACUGGAAACCUAUAUUACCUCUUAGUGACUGGAAUUCUUUUUGUAUUUACAUCCAUUAGAAAAGGAGUUUAAGACAACACUGUGUUCUAAAAACUUUAAUUCCAGAGAUACCAUACAUGAUGUACAUAGGUAGAAAAGAUAAAACAUCAUCACAAAAUUUCUGUUUGUGGUCACACUAGUGCUUGUCUGUAUUUCUAUAUAUAGAAUCUGUAUGAUUUCUAUAUAAGAAUCUAUAGGAAAUCAAAGAACAGAUUUUUUUUCUGCUGUCUCAGUGUUUCAACACUAACACAGGGCUAAAAUGUCAGCACUAAAAUUAUGUCUAUACAAGAAGUAGUAGUACAGAUUCAUGACAAACUGCUCCUGGAAAGACCAUGGAAACACUCAGAGGUUUCCAUGUCUUUGAAUCUGGAGGUUGAUUGCCUUGAGAAUAAGAGCAGAAGUGGGCCAUGACUGCGGCAACUGAACGAAACCCUUUCUAAGGAGAGAGGGAUGGAGGUGGGGAGGAAUGGAAAGGGUACAGCUUCUUUCUGAUACUUGUUUUCAAACUGGUACUUGUGCUUCAAUGGAAUUGAUUCUUUUUAAAGAAUACAAACAUUUGUGAGCAUUUUGUCUUGAUUCUUCAUAAGAUGCUUUUUGCACCAUAAUCUCCUGAAAAAAGUCACCUUUUACUUGGAACUGUGCGUACAUGUAUAAAGUAUUUACAGAACACUCAAGACCAAAUUUUGUCUCACAUUUAAGAUGAAAGGUGGUUAAUAAACUUGAGGAUGCUUUCCCCCCUGUUGUUACAAUACACAAUGUUGAGAUUCUUCUCUUCUUGCCCAAGUGCAUUACUGAUUCCAGGUCUUUCCUGGUUUUGAUAAGGUGGCAGAUGGAUUUAGCCAAGUCCUGUUUAUGCAAAAUAGCUAUGUAGCUCAGGUCAGUUCUUUAGUGUAUCAUAAAUCAAGGGAAGUGAUCAAAUUAAAUAACAUGCAGCUUCACGCACAUUAAGCUUGUUAGGUUCCCUAGAAUAAGCUCAUUGGAAGUAGUUUAAAGAUUGUUAUCAAAUGCCAGGUAUUACAGAAUUCAAAAAAGACAAUAACUUCAAAAAAUCUAUUUGACUGAAAAGAAAAAUCUAUAUAGUACUAUCAGAAAGUAAUGGAGAACCCUAUGUUUGGUAUCAUACAAACCUGAAAGCACAACUGGAUUUGAUGGUUAGAGAUACAAUUUACCAAUGCAGACCUAGAAAAGCUGACACAGAAAAUAAUCCAGGGUGUAGGAAUGAAAACAUUUAGUUGUUUGCUUUGCUUUUGUCCAGUAAUUUGUACCAAAGCGGAUGAAAUGAAUGGACACCAGUCUAAACUGUUCUCAUGAGUUAAAAAGUGAAGUAGGUUAAUAGUAUUACUAAUGUAGCAGUGUGCAAACUAAAAUGAAGUACAUAAUGUCCACUGUCUGCUACUGCAAAUGAAAUGUUGCAUAUAUAGAAAAUAUGACAGUAAGCCUGCUGAAGUGCCUUUCUCUUUCAUCAGACUUAUUUUAUCAGUGGGACACCUGACUAUCUGAAAAGCACACGUAUAUAUUUUUUUCUGUUAGCCAAAAAGCCCCAAUUCAUACUUAAAAUUAUGUAGCUUUUAUAAUAUUGUAAAAACCAGAGCUAGUGUUUUUAUGUUGGAAUACUGACUCUUGCAUGUUGAUGAUGAUAACAGUUGUAAUCCCUAUCUUUUUUAUAUUUUAUGUUUGAAAAGGGGGGGAAAAGUAUAUCUUUAGUAAUCUAAAGAGUUGUAUCUUUUAAAAAUGCAUGUGCAGGAUUUGAUUCAAUUUAAGAGUAAGCAUCUUGAAAUCACUCGAUUUACAGGUAUGAAACUGACUGAGAUUUUAACUUCAAAAACAAAAUUAAUAUACUUUUUUAUAUGCAAGUUAUUUGUUUGAUAAAAAUCCUUUUUCAGGUCCUAACCUUCCUGGCCAGUAGAAGCAGAGAGCAUAUGGAAUUAGGUACUCAAUUCUUGUUACAGUCCUAGAACCAAUUUGUAUUUCAUUUUGGGGCCUAACCUGCAUUGUUUACAUAAGCCAAGCAUCUACAGAUUUUUUUGUUGUUGUUGAUUCACUGAAAUUAUACAUAGGCAAAACACAAUGCUAGGCCUACAGAGUUAAAAAUGACUAUUCUUUUAUAGUAGCUCAUACUGGUUUGUACUAUGCUUCUAACAACAGGCAUGCAUAUUUUUGCUAAAGAAUAAAAAUGAAAAGUAUGAGGUUUUUUCAAGUGACUUUAAUCUGAGCUUCAUUUUCUUUUAAAAGCAAUAUUCAAUGUUUUCUGUUAAAAAAAUGUUUGAAGCCAUUUAUUUGUAAGCCUGGCAGAGCAAAGUUGUCAUAAUUCUUAACAUUAACACUCUCGGCUUAAAAUUAUUUUACCAAAUGAAAUUUUUCUCAGUUAAUUGUUAAGAUUCUUUGAACAUUUGUAUACUCUCCCUCCCCAAAUACACUGGUACGUUAUUCCUCAUUUUAACGGAUUUAAUUCAUUUGAAGCACAUGUUGCACUUCAGUCUGUAUUACAACAGUAAGCAAAUAUUUUCACAACAUCCUGGUAUGGUGUAGAAAGGCACUUUUUAGUGCUCCUUAGAGCAUGAAGCUCAUUAAAACCCAACUCUGAGGUGCUGAAGCAUAGAUGAGCUGAUAGCGCUGGCUGUGCUCACCACCUUGCAUGUUGGAGCCAUACAUUCAAACAAGCACUUCAUUUCUUUGGCAAUCAUUUCCCGAAACACUCCAAUACAGAUAUUGCUCAUUUGGAAGAUGCUUAAUAUCCACCAUUUUUUUAAAGUAUUUCUAUCUUUUUAUAUUUUGUCAGAGGUGUCUUCAUUUCUCAAUGUAUUUACUACAGUAUCAAUGUAUCUGUUGCUGAAAAUGUAACUAAGAUUUGUAAAAUGUUACAGCUUAUGCAAUAUAAUAAAUAGUUUUAAAAAGUUA